AUGGAUCUUGAAUCUGGGUUUUAUCAGAAUCGUGUAAAGAAAGAGUCUUGGCGAACAGUAUUGACAUUGGCUUAUCAGAGCCUGGGUGUUGUAUAUGGAGAUUUAAGUACAUCGCCGCUGUAUGUGUACAAGAACACUUUUGCAGAGGACAUUAUACAUUCCGAGACAAAUGAGGAGAUAUUUGGAGUUUUGUCCUUUGUAUUUUGGACAUUAACUUUGGUCCCUCUGUUGAAAUAUGUGUUUAUUGUGCUGAGAGCUGAUGAUAAUGGUGAAGGGGGCACAUUUGCACUAUAUUCACUGUUGUGUAGGCAUGCCAAAGUGAAUCCAUUGCCUAGUUUUCAGUCGGCGGACGAGGAUUUGUCGGCAUACAAGAAGGAUAUAACGAGUCCCGAGCCGUCGACUUUCGGAGCAAGGCUCAAGUCCAGUCUCGAAAAAUACAGAGUUUUGCAAAGGUUUUUGCUUGUUUUAGCUCUUCUUGGAGCUUGUAUGGUCAUUGGUGAUGGUAUCUUGACUCCAGCAAUUUCUGUUUUCUCGGCUGUUUCUGGUGUUGAGCUUGCCAUGGAAAAGGAACAUCACAAAUAUGUCGAGGUUCCUGUUGCAUGUAUAAUACUGAUAGCCUUAUUUGCCCUUCAACAUUAUGGCACCCACAGGGUUGGGUUUUUGUUUGCACCUGUAGUCAUAACAUGGCUUUUGUGCAUUAGUGCUAUUGGUCUCUACAAUAUUGUCCGAUGGAACCCUCACGUAUAUAGAGCUCUGUCCCCGUAUUACAUGUACAAAUUUUUAAGGAAGACCCAAAGAGGAGGUUGGAUGUCCUUGGGAGGAAUUCUGUUGUGCAUAACAGGUUCAGAAGCGAUGUUUGCUGAUCUUGGGCACUUCUCUCAGCUUUCAAUUAAGAUAGCCUUCACGUCCAUUGUAUAUCCAUCUUUGAUCCUCGCAUACAUGGGGCAAGCUGCCUAUCUUUCACAACACCACAACAUUAAAGAAUAUUAUAGUAUCGGGUUUUACGUCUCGGUACCUGAGAAAUUAAGAUGGCCCGUGCUAGUGAUUGCCAUUAUGGCUGCUGUUGUGGGGAGCCAAGCCAUUAUAACCGGAACAUUUUCCAUCAUAAAGCAGUGCUCUGCUCUAGGAUGCUUUCCGAGAGUGAAAAUAGUGCACACCUCCUCCAAAAUACAUGGUCAGAUUUACAUCCCAGAAAUCAACUGGAUUUUGAUGUUCCUCUGCCUUGCAGUCACUAUCGGUUUCCGAGAUACCAAGCGCAUGGGCAAUGCUUCAGGGCUUGCAGUAAUAACCGUGAUGCUAGUGACGACGUGCCUGAUGUCCUUGGUGAUCGUCCUCUGCUGGCAUCGAAACAUAGGCAUCGCCAUUUGUUUCGUUCUUUUUUUCGGCUCGGUCGAGGCCCUCUACUUUUCAGCAUCGCUCGUGAAGUUUCUAGAAGGUGCGUGGGUCCCGAUUGCCAUCUCCCUGGCGGCCAUGGCCACGAUGUCCGUGUGGCACUAUGGUACCCUCCGCAAGUACGAGUUCGACGUCCAGAAUCGGGUCCCAGUCGACUGGCUCCUUGGUGUGGGGCCAGGGCUCGGCAUUGUGCGUGUUCGUGGCAUCGGGCUCAUCCACACUGACCUUGUCUCCGGCAUCCCCGCCAUCUUCUCCCACUUUGUCACCAACCUCCCGGCCUUCCACCAAGUGCUCAUUUUCUUGUGCGUCAAGUCAGUCCCCAUCCCUCAUGUUCGGGCCGAGGAGCGGUUCUUGGUCGGGCGGGUGGGGAAGAGAGAGCAUCGAAUUUAUCGCUGCAUUGUCCGUUACGGGUACCGGGAUGCGCAUAAAGACGACUUGCAGUUUGAAAAUGAUCUCAUUUGCAGUAUUGCGGAAUAUAUACGGGCCGGGUCGGGCCGGGAUGAGAAGGAGGAGGAGGAGGAUUUGGUGGUGGUGGGGACACCCUCGACUCAUCCGGAUGGGGUGAGAGUGGACGAGGGAAAUGGGGCGGGCCCGUCGGUUAGAAAGAGAGUGAGAUUUGUGAUACCUGAGGGACCGAAGAUGGAUGCUGGGGCCCGGGAAGAGUUGAGGGAGCUGAUGGAGGGUAGGGAGGCAGGGUUGGCGUAUAUCUUGGGGCACUCGCACGUGAGGGCCAAGGCAGGGUCGAGUUGGGUGAAGAAGAUUGUGAUCAACUUGGGCUACGAUUUCUUGAGGAGGAACUGUCGAGCCCCGGCCUAUGUUCUCAGCGGAGCUCAUGAGUCGACGUUAGAGGUGGGGAUGGUGUACCAUGUCUGA